AUGUCGGUCACGGAUGUGUGGAGUGUGGGUAUGUGGUUAUAUGACAUGUCUUUGCCAUUCUUAGAAAUGCCAGGUGUGGCGGAUCAGAUGGAACAGUCGUUUCUGGAGGAGAUGGCAUUGCAGCCCCAGGCAUCUGAGCUUCUCAACAAAUGCACAUAUGGAAAAAAUCUGUUGAAAAUGAAAAGCAAAGACCCAAGCUACCAGAAACUAGCAUCCAGAGUGCUAGGCAUUCAGAGAGACAGAGGAAUAUCAAAUGUAACGGGUUUAGGAUGUCUAGGAACUCACCAUAUAACUGGAGAAAGGAGACUAUGUAUCGCAAGAAUAUUAAGUGGUAACCUGUGUGCUGUGGGUGAUGAGGGGAUAAAUAUCGGGACCCAAAGAAUGGUCAUGGGAGUCACAAGUUCCAAGCAGAGGAGGGAGAAGGAAAGAGAAAUGAGGACAACUCCGAGAGUGGCAGCUCUGAACUCAAAGGAGGAGGAUUUUGAGACAUGGUCAACUGUGACUAAAGCGGAACAGGAUCAGCUCGAAGACGAGAUGGAGGUAUCAAAUUUGAUCAAACUUUUUCCUUCAAUUGACAGCAUCUCUGAGUUAAAUGAGGCCACCAUCAGCAAUUUCCGUUCCCAAAAUAGGGAACGACUUCAGCGUGAUGGGACUCCAUUCCCGCUGUCUGCAGCGGACCUGGCCGCCCUGCUUCCCGACCUCUCCAGCCGCCUCUUCAUCAACUCCGUCUUCCAUGUGGGCGCUGAGCGGCUCCAGCAGAUGCUUUUCUCGGAUUCGCCCUUCCUCCGGGGCUUUCUGCAGCAGUGCAAGUUCACAGAUGUGACCCUGAGCCCCUGGAGUGGGGACAGCAAGUGCCACCAGCGCCGGGUGCUGACGUACACCAUCCCCAUCAGCAACCCGCUGGGCCCCAAGAGCGCCUCUGUGGUGGAGACACAGACGCUGUUCCGGCGCGGCCAGGCUGGCGGGUGUGUGGUGGACUCCGAGGUGCUGACGCAGGGCAUCCCCUACCAGGACUACUUCUACACUGCCCACCGCUACUGCAUCCUGGGUCUGGCCCGGAACAAGGCGAGGCUCCGAGUGUCCUCUGAGAUCCGCUACCGAAAGCAGCCGUGGAGCCUGGUGAAGUCGCUCAUUGAGAAGAACUCGUGGCGUGGCAUUGAAGACUAUUUCCACCAUCUGGAGCGAGAGCUCGCCAAGGCUGAGAAGUUGUCACUGGAGGAAGGCGGGAAGGGCCGGGGCUUGCUAUCUGGGCUGCGGCGGCGGAAGGGGCCCCUGAGCUGGCGGGAUCACGGGGACGGGCCGCAGCACGCAGACCCCGACCCCUGCGCCCAGGCCGGCAUGCACACCUCGGGCUCCCUCAGCUCCGGCUUCUCCGAGCCGUCUGUAGACCAGGGCCCCGGAGCAGGCAUCCCUAGUGCCCUGGUUCUCAUCAGCAUUGUCCUUAUCAUCCUCAUUGCCCUCAACGUCCUGCUCUUCCACCACCUCUGGUCCCUGGAGAGGACGGCCCACACCUUUGAGUCCUGGCACAGCCUGGCCCUGGCCAAGGGCACGAUCCCCCAGACGGUCACAGAGUGGGCAGAGAUCCUGGCGCUCCAGAAGCAGUUCCACAGCGUGAAGGUGCACAAGUGGAGGCAGAUCCUAGUGGAGCUCCUGGACGAGAUGAAGUUCUCGCUGGAAAAGCUUCACCGAGGCAUCACAGUCUCAGACCCUCCGUUCGACGCCCAGCCCCGGCCCAAUGACAGCUUCUCCUGAGGACCCUGGUCACGCAGCUGUUCCCCCACGUGGACAGAUGGACAUACAGAGCCUUGGCGGCCACUGCUGGAACAGUGUGAGCACCAGGCAUCUCCCGCCCGCCCCUCCUGACGGCCUGACGGGGGCUGCGCAGACAUGGGGGCCAUGGAACUGAGAUGCACUUUAUCCCAGGGAGCUGGCCUGGCCUCAGGCAGGCCCCCCACUAACUUAUUUCACCUGGCUGAGGUUGUGGGGGGCGCCUUCUGGGGUGCACGAUUCCCUCAGCUCUGGGUUUAAUGUAUUAUAUUUAUUUGGGGCCAACAGUUCCCCAAUAAAGGGUCAGAAGUGAAAAAAAA